GUCUGAGGGCGCAGAGCCGCAGCGCACAGUUCAUCCGGGGAGAGGAGCCACCUGUUAGAGACGGAGCCGGAGGACACGAGUUUUCUUUGCUUCUACGCACUUGACUGGCCUCACACACCGCCACAUCCCACUGUCUGGUGGGACCAUGUGGGUUCUGGAUAAGAUCCGCGGGUCGGUGGAGAGCGGCAUGCUGCGACAGGGAGAGAACGGGGACAAGAAAGGCAUAGCCCCGGCUUACAGCAACGUCCUCACUCCAGACAAGAUCCCAGACUUCUUCAUUCCCCCGAAGCUGAUCAGCUGCACCCCGGAGCCCGAGCUCCCUCACUUGAAACUCAAGGAGGGGUUGCAGCCGUCCACAUCAGAGCACACUAGCGGUAGGAAGAUCAGCAGCCCGAGGAGUCCUCGUCUGGUGACCAAGAUCGCAGGAGACACCAAGAACUUGCUGAGAUCAGCAAACCGCCACAUCAUACAGAUAGAGAGCGCUGAUGACGUUGUGGCUGGAGACACCAAUGCAGACCCCCAGUCACAGACAGCUAUGUCCCUGCCUUAUGUUCCCAAGACCCAUACAUCGUACGGCUUUGCCACCUUGAAGGAAAGCCCCCACACCCGCCGAAAAGAGUCUCUGUUUCACUGUGAGCUCACCAGUCCCAUCACCUCCCCGAACAUACAGAGGAAGACCCCGGGGAAAAGCAGUGAAUCAGGGAACCACCUGAAUCCGGCCGACUUCAACACCUCUCACAUGAAUCCGUAUCGUUACUUCAGCGGUGGGGAAAGUGACACCUGCUCCUCGGCCGAGUCCUCACCCUUCAGCUCUCCUCUGCUCUCCCGCUCCGCGUCUCUGCUCAAGAUCUUCACCCACGAGACGCAGGCCAAGGUCGUGAAGGCCAAGCGGACGUUCGCUCGCCACAGCUCCCUCUCCACCGACGAGUGCAGCUCGGCCGAGCCCAGCCCCAACAUCCAGCGGCGGCUCCACGUCCCUUCCUUCCACGGCGGCGCCGGAGGAUCCGACCACGGCCUCCAACAAGAGCACACCAUCAACCUGCACAAAGGCGGCACGGUGAGGAUCAUGGCCAACUAUGACUCCAGCACGUCGCGCCUGCUGAUCCGCAUCCUGGCGACGGGGAGUCUUUACGACAAGCACUUUGACAUCAAGAGCAUCAACUGCUGCGUGUCUGUCUACCUGAACCCGGGCAAGCUGCAGAAGCAGAGGAGCAACAUCAUCAAGAACAGCCGCAACCCGGUCUUCAACGAGGACUUCUUCUUCGACUCCAUCAGCUCGGUUCAGGUGAAGAACCUGUCGGUGAAAUUCAAGGUGGUGAACAAAGGCACCAGCCUGAAGAGGGACACGCUGCUGGGGGAGCGAGAGGUGGCGCUAACGAAGCUGCUGUCAGGCCUUUAAAGCUGCAGGAGCUGGAGGUCGGAGGAGGCACAAACCAAGGAUGCUGACUGAAACUUAAAUUAGAUUUUUGCACUGGUUUCUUUACAAUCUGCUCUUUUUAUUCGGAUCGCUUAAAUCCCUGGACACAAAGGGAGAGGAAAAAUGAAGAGGACAGAGAUUCUUAGAAGAGAGGCUCUGAGAUCUAAAGAAAUUGGAGUCUCUUGAUAACCGUGGAUUUUCGCCUGGCUCCUUCUUCCAAACAUGAAAGCUCAUUAAACCAUCUGAGCUCGACAGCGACAGAUGAAUUUGACAGAUGAAAGUAGUUUUGUCCGGACAUGUCUCCCAGCCAACUUCCUCGGCCAGCUCUGGCUCAAAGGUGGGACAACACCUGUGCAUCAGCCUGUGUCAGUGUCCUCGCGUGCACUGUGUUCUUGAUGCGUGGCAUGGUUUUAUAACUGUAACGGGGCAUAAACCCACAGCAGCACAGGACACAUGGAGUCUACAUCCACUGCACCAUGUGUUCAGCACAAAGAUGCCUUUGUGAAUCAGCGUGAGCUUUGAAGUGGUACUACAUCCUGAUGUGCAAAUGAUCCUUUGAUCCCAGUUACCAUGGUCCACCUCCUGCAGGGGGGUGGGAGCAGAGCAGUCACGAUAAUCGAAUUCACACGCCCCCAAAAUUUAAUUAGAGUCCAAUUGAUAAUGCAAGCUGAAGAGUGCCAUAAUGUGAUUAUUUCCCUACAUGCCAGCAUUGUGAGUAUUGUUUUCAUCCCUCUGUGUGUGUGUGGACAAAAUAACUUAACAAUGCAUGGAUGGAUUUUCAUUAUUUGUGGAGGGAAUAUUACUUGGGAAGGUAUCUCAAGAUGAUCAACUUUUGGAGCUAAUUGGUCAAAGGUCGGCAAAAAUAUGGUUUGAAAUUAGAAAUGCUGCAAUAUCAUUUUUUCCUUUAGAGACCUGGAUUUUGUGUAUUGAUCCGAUACCAGUGCAUUAAGAGAAAAAACAACUAAUAUAACGGUGAAUAUACUUUAAAGUUAUGAUAUCAAAUUGGUGCAUAAAUUGGUGUACUACUCACCGAUACCCGACCGGCAUUUUCAACAGUGUCUGCGGCCCUUCCUGAUGCUAUCGCUUUCGGAACAUUUCUAUCUAAAAUAGUAAAUUAAUAUCUCCUCAUAUAACAGGGCUAUAGAGAGAAUGUAAAGCUUAUAGUGGUCAGAAAAAGAUUCUCCUUCAAUCUUGGAAACGGGUAGAAAUAUUGACUUAUGAUGUAGGAUGGGAUGCAAGGACUGUCUCAUCUUAAACAGCCACCAGUUAUGUCUUAACCACAUGUAGUAACUACAUGGAUCCACUGAGUCAAUGAAUGUGGAGAAAGGAGCAAAGGCGUUCGCACGGUAAAUCAAGUUCCUUCAUGUAAUCUACAAUGUACAUUUCUCAUUGGUGAACUUUCUUGGACUUUAUAAAGGACCGUUGUGCAUCUUGCUACACAACAGACCUUCACCACAUGUGUGCACCAACAUCUCCACUCUGCAUUCAGACUGGUCGACAUCACCUUAGUGCUGUCGCAGAUUCUCAACACCAGGAAUACAAGAGCAGACGGUCACACAGGCACAUGUUUAUAUUUCCCUUACGCUUCAAUUUAUCAUGUCAAAUACUUCUUUCCAUUAUUUUAUUACACUAUUAUCUCAACUCUGUGGCUGUGACUUUGUGCUUUACUGCUUUUUGGUUCAUUCUGAUUGCAAUUGGACACACACACACAAUUGGUCACACUUUUUACUGUGUAAUUAAAUUAAAUACGCCAUUCAUGUAACAUUUUAUGCAAACAGGCUCUUGCCUUAGUCACAGUGUUGGCAGUGGACAGAUACAGUACUUGUGUGCAUGUACAUGUAAUAAAUGUCUCAUAAGAGAAGAAUAGCGCUCUGUAGUCAAAGUGCAAAGUACCAGUUGCAUGGCACAGGAACAUGUCAAUAACACACUGGUGUUUGCAUGACGUGCUCGAAGUUUAAUGAAACCCUAAAGCCUUACCGUGUGUGUGUGUGUGUGUGUGCGGGUGAGUGAUGAAGAGGUAUAGUGUGUGUUUAGCAUGACAUUUUGUCCCAAGUUGUUAAUUUUCUAUGUAGUAUUUUGUAAACAUGUGUGUUGGAUUUGUACUGAAUAUAACUACAUGCGUGCUGGUUUCUUCUAUUGACAGUGAAGUGCCAAUCAUGCACUAAAGUGAGUGAGAAGUGCUGAGGAGAGGCUUUUGAAUUAUGUGUGUUUCCACUCUAAUGAAGCCGACUGGACCGAGCAGAAACGUCAAGAAAGACACACAGAAAAACAAGCAGUCCUCCCGAGGAGUCAGAAGAAACUAGCAUUGUGUUUAAGCCCAUUCAAAAUCAGCCUGUUGGUACACUUCACAGCUGACACUCCACUUCCCAGGGUUCUCAGAGAGACGCCUGCAGAGUUUGAAGUCGAUGGCAGGAGCGGCUGUCGAGAAACCAAAAGGACAGGCUGAUUUGUUUGCAGGAUUGCAAGUGAUUACAGCCUCAAGUGCUCGGCAGAGGAGAGAGAGAAGGAAUCAGACUGAGGAUUCCCACACGCUGGCCCAAAGCUUCAGUUUAAAUCCUGGGCGGCUUGACUCUCACAUAGUGUUUGUAGCCCACUUGUAGCACUGCUGUUGAUACGCUCUAUUGUACCAUUUCUAUACAGUGACACUGUUGCUCGGCUUCGUGUGAAACUCGUUGGAAUCCCUGUUGCAAACAUACAGUGCCUGCUCGUUUACAGCUAUUGUAUUUUGUACUUCCUGAACUAUAUUCACCCCUCUUGUUAUCGAACCUUUGUUUUAUUCUCGCAUGAGCUCAGUACAAAAUUUCAGUGGAUUCUUAUUGUGCGGUGGUGGGUCGCCUUGUUCUCUGACUCUAGGUGGGGAUUUUGUGAUGAAAUAAUGAUACACUGAGAAUAUGGGUAACAUGUUCUUGAGUUUUGUUUUUACAACUACUUGCUUUGACUGUUUUUAUGUGGCUUCUUUUUUAAUAUACAUUGAAAUACAGGGCAGGAUAAAACAAAGUAAAAAAAGAUUUGAGCAGAACAACCUUAUCAAUAUACAUAUCUGAAGAAUAUCUAUCAUAGCUUAAAGAAAAAUGUCAAAAUAUAAUACUUAAACUUGACAGGAGAGGAAACAAUUGAUCUACUUUUUCCUUUGUAAAAGUUUUUUGGGUCUUUUUUUCCUUUGUUACAAGCCUCCAUUGUUUUAAAAAAUCCUUUUGAAAUAAUUUUGUCGUAAUGUUCCAUGACUGCUCUGACAUAAAAGUGCAGACACUGAAAAGAAAAAUGUGGAAUUGACAUUUUACUUAUUAAAUUGAUUUGUGCACCUUCUGUUGCUCUUGUGGUCGAUGUUGAGCUGAGCUGGAGGCUUAUUUCUAACAGAAACAUACUGGAUAAUGUUUGAUAAGUUCUGAUGAGCCCACAUGAAAAAAGUAAAAAAUGUUCCCUUG